AUGGCUUCCAACAGUCUGUUCAGCAGCAGCAGCCCGAUGCUUUACUGGGAUCCUGUGGUGAAGUGUCGGCCGCCACCAUCGCCCACCAACCGCCAACUGGACGACCAGGGGAUGAGGUCGCUCCACCACCGUAGCACAGCGCCACCCAGAGGCUUGGUGCAGACUGACAGUCCGAACUUCCUCUGCAGCAGCAUGCCGCAACACUGGAGGUGUAACAAGACCCUUCCCAGAGCCUUCACUGUGGUUUCCCUUGGCAACGACGUGCCAGAUGGCGUGGUUGUCACGGUGAUGGCCGGCAAUGACAACAACAGCAGCGCCGAGCUACGCAACGCCACAGCGACCAUGAAGCAAGGAUACGCCCACUUUAAUGACCUCCGCUUCAUAGGACGCAGUGGGAGAGGUAAGAGUUUCACCAUUACAAUCAACGUACUGACUUCGCCACCUCAGAUUGCCACACUACAUGGCGCCAUCAAGGUUACGGUGGACGGACCUCGGCUGCCGAGACGACAGAGACAGAAGGAGAUGAAGGCAGGAGUAUUCAGGCCAUCCUGCAGCAGCACAGCAUCAUCAGAUUGUAGAUCCUUUUCCUCCUCUCUCUGGACCAAUGAGCCGUCCUUCCUGGGUCAGGUGACCUCUCUGACGACUCCUUUUACUCCAAGUCCCAGAAUGCACCACGUUCCUGCCCUCUCAUACUCCGCCCAGCCUUCGCCGUACAGCUCCUACCUGUCUGCUCCUCCUCCACCUCCUCCCCCUCCGCUCAGCCACAGUGGUCCGUUCCAGCCCAGCAGCUUCUACUACGGACCGAACCAAUCGCUGCAAACCGUGGGGGAGGACCGCAACGUUGUCACAGCACUGAGCAAUUAUAUUGAAGGGGCGUGUCUCUCUAUCAGGGGGGAGGAGCCUGUCUGGAGGCCGUAUUGA